UGCCGGGCUUAGGGCAGAUUCUAGGCGGCCCCGUGAUCCCUGGACGCCCGCGCGGGUCGUGGUGGCAGCAGCAGGGGCGACUCGCAUCGGGGCCGCUGUGCGGUCCCUCGGGGAUGCUGGUCUGCCGCGCUUUGAGAAACCUGCGCUGUAGCCUGGCAUUUCUCUGCCAUUGCAGGGUCUCUAGAAACGGCCUCUGCACAAACCUCUCCUCAUUGUCUAGGGCACCUGCUGACAAGCCACCUUCAUCCUUUAGGUGGUCUCCACUUCCUGCCCUGAGAUGACAUUGAAUGGGGGUUACUAUGGAGAGAGAUCCUCGGAACAUCAUUGUCUUCAAUGCAUCCAAAAAAGAGAUUUUUACUGUCAACAGUGGUUUUAAGUCUUUACAGAAAAGGCUUCGCAGUAAUUGGAAGAUACAGAGUUUAAAAGAUGAGAUCACAUCUGAGAAGCUGAUGGGGGUAAAAUUGUGGAUUACAGCAGGGCCCAGAGAGAAAUUCACCGCAGCUGAGUUUGGGGUUCUGAAGAAAUUCCUGGAAGAGGGUGGGGAUAUCCUGGUGAUGCUGGGAGAAGGUGGUGAAUCCCGAUAUGACACCAAUAUUAACUUCUUGCUAGAAGAGUAUGGGAUCAUGGUCAAUAAUGAUGCUGUAGUGAGAAAUGUAUAUUACAAGUACUUCCACCCUAAAGAAGCCCUGGUUUCUAAUGGAGUUUUGAAUAGGGAAAUCAGCAGAGCUGCAGGGAAAGCAGUACCUGGGAUAAUAGAUGAAGAUAGCAGUGCAAAUAACUCUCAAGCUCUCACUUUUGUGUAUCCAUUUGGUGCCACUCUGAAUGUGAUGAAACCAGCAGUGGCUGUUCUGUCCACGGGGUCUGUAUGCUUUCCACUAAAUAGACCCAUUCUGGCUUUUUACCAGCAUAAGAACCGAGGUGGAAAACUGGCAGUUUUGGGAUCUUGGCACAUGUUCAGUGAUCAGUAUUUGGAUAAAGAAGAGAACAGCAAGAUCAUGGAUGUACUUUUCCAGUGGCUUACAACAUCAGACCUCCAUUUAAACCAGAUUGAUGCAGAGGACCCAGAGAUUUCAGACUAUACAAUGCUUCCGGAUACAGCCACGCUGUCUGAGCGACUGCGGGUAUGUCUGCAAGAGGGAGAAGAGAAUCCCCGAGACUUCACUACACUCUUUGAUAUGUCUAUUUAUCAGCUGGAUACAGCUUCUCUUCCUAAAGUGAUCAAAUCUUAUGAACAGCUAAAUGUAAAGCAUGAACCUCUUCAGCUCAUUCAGCCUCAGUUUGAGACUCCGCUACCUGCACUUCAACCAGCUGUUUUUCCGCCUGCUUUCAGAGAGUUGCCUCCUCCCAGUCUGGACCUGUUUGAUUUAGAUGAAACUUUCUCCUCUGAGAGAGCCCGUCUUGCGCAGAUUACAAACAAGUGUACUGAAGAUGACCUAGAGUUUUAUGUCAGAAAGUGUGGUGACAUCUUGGGUGUAACAAACAAGCUCCCAAAGGAGCAGCAAGGUGCAAAACAUAUCCUGGAGCAUAUAUUCUUCCAAGUGGUGGAGUUCAAGAAGCUGAAUCAGGAACAUGAUAUUGACACAAGUGAAGCUGGAUUCCAGAGUGGUUACUGAAGCUGGCUUUUCCCAUCAGUGAAAGAGGGAGAUCUUAGCAAAAAUAUGUACCUGUGCUUUCCAUUGUAAAUUUACUGUUUCUGUCUGUUGUGAACUCCUGUAAAUAUGUGUAAUGUCUAAAAAUGAUACUUUUUAAUGUUAAAUGAAAAAUUGUCUUAUAAAUAGCACUUGCUUUCCAGAACCUUUUAUAGAAAACAAACAUUCCUUAUUUAAUCUUUUUUCUACUCCUUUUUAUUGAAGCUGUAAUUUUUUAAUCAUUGAAAUAGUCUCUUAUGUUAAACAAAAUCUUCUUUUAAGUCCUA